GCCACGCCCCCAGGCCCGCCCCGCGGCGCAUUGUGGGAUGUGUCUGGGAUCUGUCUCGCCUCGCCGCAGGGAGGUGGUGGACCAGCUCUUGAUCAUGGGGGUACAGCCGAGCCCAAUCCUGCUGGCCUCGCUGGGGGUGGGAGUGCUUACUCUGCUCGGAGUGGCCGUGGGCACUUACUUGGUGCGAAGGUCCCGCCGGCCGCUAGUCACCCUUCUGGACCCCAAUGAAAAGUACCUGCUGCGACUCCUGGACAAGACGACCGUGAGCCACAACACCAAGAAGUUCCGCUUUGCCUUGCCCACCGCCCACCACAUUCUGGGGCUGCCUGUGGGCAAACAUGUCUAUCUCUCUGCACGAAUCGAUGGCAGCUUGGUCAUCAGGCCAUACACUCCUGUCACCAGUGAUGAGGACCAAGGCUACGUGGAUCUUGUCAUCAAGGUCUACCUGAAGGGUGUGCACCCCAAGUUUCCUGAGGGAGGGAAGAUGUCUCAAUACCUGGAUAGCCUGAAAAUUGGAGAUGUGGUGGAGUUCCGGGGGCCGAGCGGGUUGCUCACUUACACUGGGAAAGGAAAUUUUAACAUUCAACCCAACAAGAAAUCUCCACCAGAGCCUCGAAAGGCAAAGAAACUGGGAAUGAUUGCUGGAGGGACAGGAAUAACCCCAAUGCUGCAGCUGAUCCGAGCCAUUCUGAAAGUCCCUGAAGAUCCAACCCAGUGUUUUCUGCUCUUUGCCAACCAGACUGAACAGGACAUAAUCCUGCGGGAAGACUUGGAGGAACUGCAGGCCCGAUAUCCCAAUCGCUUUAAGCUCUGGUUCACCUUGGACCAUCCUCCAGCAGGUUGGGCCUACAGCAAGGGCUUUGUGACUGCUGACAUGAUCCGGGAGCACCUGCCUGCCCCAGGGGAUGAUGUACUGCUGCUGCUCUGUGGGCCACCCCCGAUGGUGCAGCUGGCCUGCCAUCCCAACCUGGACAAACUGGGCUACUUGCAAAAGAUGCGGUUUACCUAUUGAGCACCUCCUACCUUCCUUGGACCCAUAUCAGCAACUGUCCCCCAGUGCUCAAAUUCUAUGAGCUGUAGAUUCCUUUCAUGAAAGUGUCCAUUUUGCAACUUACUCUGGAGCUGAAAGUAGCUAGACUCUGGAGCCACUGAAGAGGGCCAAGGCCAAGGAGUUCCCUGCAAGAUCUCCACAUCUUGUUCUUCUAAAGGGCUCAGGUGAAUCCCAUGGAGAAGUAUCUCUCUGGGGUCAGAAAGAUGGGAGCAUGCACAUUUGUUCAAGCCUGGCUCAUUCCUCGAUAGCAUCACACUUGACCUCCUUUAAGUCUGUGAUGAAAGGAAUGCAGAGUUUUACUUAAUAUUUAGUAUUUAACCUUUGGGCAAAUUCUGUUUAUGUGAGUGCAUGUUGAAUGGACCUAGAGAGGGAGUUUUAUAGAGAUAGGCAAGUUUCUUCAGGACUCCAGACCUCAGAAAAAGGAGUCUGAAAUACACGUUUGUGCGUCUGUGUCUCUUGGAUGCUGCCCAGGUCAGGGGGAAAGGCUGCCCACAACCUAAGACUGCUGCUUAUUUAAGGAACCUCUGGCAAUUCAAAUAAAUGGGGCUGAGGCCCCAGUGUGAUACCUAAAGGCGCUGUCGUGCUUGGGGUCCUGGUGUCCUAGUGCUAAGGACUUUGGUAGGAAAGGCUUCCCAGCACAGACUCAUGGGUCUUCCCAAGAGUCUUGGGGCAGCUGCCCAUGUGCUGAAAUGUGAGCUGCCAGCAGACUGUCUCCACCCAGCAGCUGUUUCCAGAGCCAGAACUCAACCCAGCCCUGCAGGUUUGUGCUGCUGGGGCCCGAAGCACAGGUCAGAGGAGAGCCCAACCCUCCUAGGGGGUCCCUCAAUUUGGCCCCUCCACUUCUCUGACUUUUUCUUGACUGUAUGUGACAUAUAGGGUACCUGGUGAACAACCCAAUGUAUUGCCUUUCGUUUUGGAAGAGAGGCUUUCCCCUUUAAAAAGCAGCCUGACAUCACCAGCUGCCUGUCACAUUUAUAGGAGCUGGCAGUGUUGGCCUCCCCUGUGCUCAUGGGCCACUCUGGAGUAGCGUGACCCAGUCCACUCCAUCUUCCUGGCUGAGACUGUGGCAGCCUUUCCAGAUUCUUCUGUUAGUCUUACUCAAAGCAAUGCUAUGGGUGCAGGAGGAAGUUCAACAUUGCUUUCUCACCAUGGAUCUGUGUUCUGUCUCUGUGGCCCCCAGGAGAACCCGAGUGAGACCCUCAAAACUCACGCUCCUUGGGGCAGAGAUUCUUGGUAAAUUUCAUUGGUGGUCUUACCCAGUGUUUUUGAUUU